AAACCUUCGUCUUCAUCCACACAACAAAGCCAGCAAUUCCAAAAGCUCAGUCGCAGUGGGAAAAGACCAUCGAAAAUGGCACAGACACUGGCUAUGCCUGUCUCUCCAUCUCUUUCUGUAAUCUGCAAUGGACGGAACCCUAACCCGUUCUCUACCCGUCUCUCCCUCCCCCUUGCAAACCCUGCUAAGGUUGGUGGUUUAAGCGUGAAAUGUGUUCGUAUUGGAGGAGUGGAAGUUCCGAAUAACAAACGGAUUGAAUACUCGCUCCAGUAUAUCCAUGGAGUUGGGCGCAGCCGAUCUCGGCAAAUACUCUCCGACCUCGGAAUGGAGAACAAGAUCACCAAGGACCUCUCUGAAGAUGAGCUUAUCUCUGUCAGAGAAGAAGUCUCCAAGUACAUGAUAGAGGGUGACUUGAGGAGGUUCAAUGCGUUGAAUAUAAGGAGACUGAAGGAAAUUCAGUGCUAUAGAGGAAUACGCCAUAUUCAAGGUCUGCCUUGCAGAGGCCAGCGUACAAAGAACAAUACCCGGACAUUGAAGGGUAAGAGAGUUACCAUUGCUGGAAAGAAGAAGGCCCCGCGUUAACCUAAAAGGUUCUGCUUUGCUUCUUUUAUGUAGUUGAUCAAAUUUUAAAGUGAACCUGUUGUAUUUGUUAGUUUCUCGAACGCUAUUUUGGUUGCAAUUUGUUAAUCAAAGCUCUCUUUUUUGUUUUUGUUAUCA